AGGAGAUGUGCAGUAAGAGUGGGAUAGCCAUGAGGAUGAGGGGCUCCUGGAGCGAGGCAGUUGUGGGUGGCAGAGAAAUCGACAGUGGGAAGAGCACUUAUGGCCUUGCCAGAGGGACCGUGGGAGGUGACAGUUGCAGACUGCCCUCACUGUGGUUUCUCCCCCUUUCCUAGCAGGGCUUGAGGCAUUUGUUUUCGUCCGAUAAUUUAUCCAUCUCCUGGGAACGGCAGUUGGGUGACUUUGUUGCAUUAGGGAAGUUACAGGUUCAGAAAUGUGGCUUUCUAAGGAUAAGAUGGUACUUUGGUGUUUGUUGGCAGUGGCUUCAGCAUGUUUUCGGAAGGAGCUCGGAGAGCUGAGAGGGGCUAUCUGUAUAUGUUACAUUACACAGAUAGGUAGCUUAUAGACCUUUCCCAAGGCCUGAUGGCUUGUGAACUGCUCUGUAUUGUCUUGGUGAUGAGAUGAGCUGGCAAAACAUGAAGGUAACCCGGUGGUCCAUGUAACACAGAGUGAAGAAAAUGCCAAGGAAAUUUGGAGGAAUUCACUAAAUUGUGACAUUCAAGAUGUUGCAGAAGGGUUGCACAGUCUCUGACAUUUCAGAUAGAUGGGGAAGGAUAACCUUACAGCUGCUGUUGUCACCUGAUGCCACCUUACAGAAGUGCUUGGAGACAGCUUUGUCUCUUGGAAGACAUACAAAGAGAAUUGCUCCCCCCAGCUCUUUUCAGCCCUGUAGCUCUUUUGACAAAUACACCUUCACAAACAGUGGGGCUGGCAAGAGUCCUUGAGCUCCUCUGACCUCAUACAGAACCACACAUCAGAAAGGAUUAAAUUGCACUGUGUAUCCUUGAGCAAAAGGGAGGUCUUUUCUAAGCUCAUGGCCAUUGUGCAAUUGCUGUAACAAAACAUUGAGCUUCCCCAGUUUGUUGCUGAGGACUAAAAUGAGUGUAACUGGGCAAGUGGCAGAAAGGCCUUGGUGCUGUCACAGGCAGGUUGGGCUGGGUCGGUGGGUGGCAGGAGGAGGCUGAAUUAAUCUUUCUUAAAAAGUGGGGAUAGAAAGAUACUGCUGUUACAGAAUCUAUUACAUAUUCCCAGUGAACAUUGUGUUCAUAUUUUGACGGUGUGGGGGAAACAAGAAUGGAAGGCCUUCAGAAGUGACUAAUACCUAGAAGGACGCUGAAAGGGGGACAGACCUGUCAGGAAAGAGAGCACAUUGUUCAGAGUAGCAGUCCAGCACAGGGUGGACGGCUUGCUUCUGUUAAGUCUCUGGGAACUACAAGAAUCCCAGAAUAGAAAGGCAGCCCCUCCUGGUAAAGAGACUCAACGUGCCUGAUUUAACCUUGGGGCAUGUGUGCUGCUGCCAGAUGUGGAGGCAGCAGUUUCAGGGGCUCACCACUGUGCCUGCCAUGCUGAUGAGGCAGGUCCAAUUAGCUAUGCUGGUGCUCAUGCUGUGGCCUGUGCAGUGCUGGCCACAAGCAUGCUAUGCUCGCAGGCUGUGCCAGGGAGGGGUGGCCACACCGUGUGAGGUGAAGCUGGUCACAGCUGGGUCCCCGAGAACAGAGGGAGCUCCCUUGCUGAGCUGAGCAAAGGAGCUGCUGACCUCUCUGCUGCUGAUCACGGGGAGUAUCAGUACCUGGCUGUGGUUUGGCCAUCACACUGCAGCUCUUUCGUGUUGAGUAGGGAACCAGAAGCUUUGUGUAGAGCUGCUUUCAGUCUCUGCAGACACACAGAGGCAGAGCACCUGGCCGCAGAGAUGGCAUUUGCCUCGGACUUUUUCUGUGAUGGUGCAGAGGCACAAGGGCUCUUCAUGAGCUUGCAGAUCGAGAUACCGGGAUGCUGGAUGUAGAGGGGCCAUGCAAGCUCUCUCUGCAGCCCACUCUGCUUUGGCUGGUGCACAGCAUUUGCUUGUUGUUUCACUGUUGUUAUUCUGCAAGAAAUUUUGCCAGCACGUUAUGGCUGUCUCUGCGGGCACCCCCUGUUCAGUCUGUGCCCGUCAAUUCCAAGACCUGCUGGGCUAUUUUUCCAGGCAGUUCUCUUAUCUGUUCUGUUUCUCAGUUCAGGCUCCCUCUCCCUGCUGUGCCAGGCAGGAUUGAAAGCUCUGUCUCUGGAGUCAGGACUGCCUGCUGUCAGAACACACUGUCAGAAAACACUAUCAUCCCAUCCCUAGAGACAGCUCUAUGAUGAACAGUGUGUCUUAAUACUGGAAUUAACUUCUCAGGAAGAGACAGUAAAUGCUUGCAACAGCAGAAGAUAUUAGCUGGAACAAGGCCUGGGAAAGCUUUUAAUGAAACCUUUGGGCUUCUGAGAGGGUGAGUGCCCUGUCAGUCGUGUAGGUUCAGCAGGGCAGAGAGGUGAGCAGGUCCCUCCAGAGUGCCCAGAAGUGCCCCUUGGCAAAGACAGUGAGUCCAACUGACUGCCAGGUGAUUUGGGUGUUUUUUCUGUGAAGGAAUGCUGUUUUGUCUAGGCAGAGUGAGGGGUGCUGUUUGUUUUCCAGCAAUGUCACUUGGCACCUGAGCUGCAGCUUAGGGGUCUGAAGGAAAGGCAGUCCCUUGCCUGCCACCCCAUGUCUGAGCAGAGGGUGUACACAGAUCUGUCCUUCUGGGGAGGUGCCACAUUGGCAACGGGUGGCAGGAAUAGAGAGCCUGCCCUACUGCCAAGGUUCUUGUAAUGUGCAGCAAGCAGGUCCUUACUGAAGCCUUCUGAGAAGUGACUCUUCCCCCAGUCAAUUUGCAAGAAUAGAGAGGGAGGAGGUGAAUGAGGCAACCUGGCAAGGAAUCUGAGUCAGAGUUGGAAAUAAACUCCAGGAAUCCCAGCAUUUUAUCUUCCUCUGACCACAAAACUGCCUUUCUCCCUGCCCUCCAUCUUGGAAGAAGUUUGUGCAGUUCUUGCUCAGCACAGCAUGGAGAUGAUGGAGCCAAGGUGGGAAGCUGACUGAUCACUAGUGUCUGUGCUGCUUGUUCAGCCAGUUUUCCCUCAGGAAGCACCUGGAGGGCUGCCCUCUGUCUCCUCACAGCAUGCUCACAUUAGAGAAGGGGGUUUUAGUAUCUCAGUGAAGUGGAGCACAGCAAGACUUCUCUUAGAAGCCACACAUACAGCCACGCUGCAGGGAGAGGGUGAGGCAAACUGCAGGCAAGUUCUCCUCUGGCUGUCUCCUCUCAGUCUCAGAGGUUUUUGCAGGCUGGGCUGCAGGCAGCUCUAUCAGUUAAGUGCAUAUGGCUCCUUUGGUGCUUAGUGAGGAAUUAGCACCAACCAGCCUUUCCCACUGUGGUGCUGAGAUGCUUCCCAGCAUCCAUCUCCAAAUAUAAUAUCUGCAUGAUCUCUCUGGUUCACUCUUUUUACCUCCUUUCUCCAGGGGUGAAAGAUGGAAGGUGGACAGUGCUGCAGCUUGUGGAAGCCCUGGGGUUUUGUCUGGAGAACACAGAUCCUCGGAUGCGAGGGCGAGGCAUUCAGCUGUUGUCACAAGUCCUGAUCCAGUGUUAUUCCCUGCUCCAGGAGAAGGAAGUGCUGCAUCUGGUCCUGUUCUAUGAGAGCCGGCUGCAGGAUCAUCACCUGGUGAUUCCCUCGGUGCUCCAGGGACUCCGAGCACUGAGCAUGUGUGAAGUGCUGUCCCCAGGGCUAGCAGUAUCUGUGCUCAAAGCCAUCUUCCAAGAGGUACAUGUGCAGUCCUUGAUGCAGCUGGACCGCCACACAGUCUACAGCAUCAUCACCAACUUCAUGAACACCAGGGAGGAAGAGCUGAAAGGCCUGGGUGCCAACUUCACCUUCGGCUUCAUCCAGGUCAUGGAUGGGGAGAAGGAUCCCCGCAAUCUGCUGGUGGCCUUCCAGAUUGUGCAUGAUCUCAUUGCCAAGGACUAUGCCCUGGGUCCCUUUGUGGAGGAGCUGUUUGAAGUUACAUCCUGCUACUUCCCUGUUGAUUUUACUCCACCCCCCAAUGAUCCUCAUGGCAUCCAGAGGGAAGACCUGAUCCUGAGCCUCCGGGCUGUACUGGCCUCCACACCCCAAUUUGCUGAGUUUCUUCUCCCUCUGCUUAUUGAGAAGUUGGACUCAGAACUGCAGAGUGCCAAGCUUGACUCGCUGCAGACUCUGACUGCCUGCUGUGCCAUCUACGGGCAGAAGGAGCUGCAGGAAUUCCUUCCCAGCCUCUGGUCAUCCCUGCGAAGAGAGGUGUUCCAGACAGCGAGUGAGAAGAUUGAGACGGAAUGCCUGGCUGCACUGCAUGCUCUCUCUGCCUGCCUCUCCCGCUCCGUGCUCAGCUCUGAUUCUGAGGAUCUGCUGGAUUCCUUCCUCAGCAGCAUCCUGCAAGAUUGCAGGCACCAUCUGUGCGAGCCCGACAUGAAGCUGGUGUGGCCCAGUGCCAAACUCUUGCAGGCAGCAGCGGGUGCCUCCCUCCGCACCUACCACUGCAUCACCCGCAGCGUCCUGCCCCUGCUGCUGGAGCAGUACACCAAGCACACGCAGAGCAGCCAGAGGAGGACAAUCCUGGAAAUGCUGCUAGGCUUCAUGGAAUUGCAGCAGAAGUGGGGAUAUGUGGAAGAAGAUGAGAGCACUCUGCUGUCGCUCCGAGCCCCAGUUUGCUCUGUGGUGUUCUCAGCACUGCUGGAUCCUAGUGUGCAGCUGCAGUUGGUUGGGAUCAAGGCACUGACUGUCCUGGGCUCCCUGCAAGGCUUCCUGUCUUCCUCUGAUCUGGAGCUGGUUGUGGAUCACUUAAUCCGUCUUGCUCUGCAUGAGGAAGAUUCCCAGAGCAGUGAAGCAGCAAUGGAAGCAGCUGGGUCCCUGGCCCCCACCUACCCAAAGGUUUUCUCUGGACGCAUGGUACCCAGGCUUGAAGAGGAGCUGCAGUCAGAGCGGGAGGAGAGCUACCACAACCACCACGCCUUGCAGCAGCGCUGCCUGCAGGCCCUGGCAGCCGUGUCAACCCACACCAGCAUCGUGAGGGAGACUGUCCCUGUCCUGCUACAGCAUCUCCAGAAGAUGCAGAAAGGGACCGAGGCUAGGAACACCAAAGACGUGGUCUCUGUGUGCCAGAGCCUGCACCGUGUGGCCCUGCAGUGCCAACAGGAUGCUGAGGGCUGCUGGUACUUCCACCAGACGGUGGUGCCGUGCCUGCUGGCCAUGGCCGUGCAGGCAGCCAUGCCAGAGAGCAUGCAUACACUGCCAGGCAAGACAUUGCUGGAGGAAGAGGUGCUGGCUGCCAUGAUCCCAGUCAUCAGUGCUGCCACCACUCACCUGAGCCCUGAGCUGGCUGCCCAGAGUGUGUCUCAUGUGGUGCCCCUCUUUCUGGAUGGAGAGGUCUCCUUCCUACCCCAAAACAGUUUUCCCUGCUCCUUCCAGCCUUUUGGGGAUGGGGAGUGCUUGGAGGCACAGAGAUGCCUGGUUGCCCUCCUCAUGGCCUUUGUCUGUUCCUUGCCCCGUGAUGUGGCAAUUCCUCAGCAGGAACGGCUGCUCCGGGAGCUGCUGGCAUUGAGCUGUUCCUGCAACUGUCCCUUCACGGCCACCACAGCUGCCAAGAGCUUUGCAGGGCUGGUGAAUAAGCACCCAGCAGGGCAGCAGCUGGAUGAAAUCCUGCAGCUUGCAGUGAACAGGAUGGAGUCCAGCCUCGUGGAGGGGCCCUGCCGAAUGCAGGCACUUACCUUGCUGCUCUGGGUGACCAAAGCCUUGGUGCUGCGCUACCACCCCCUGAGCUCCUGCCUGACAGACAAGCUGCUGGGCCUACUGGGUGAUACAGAGCUGGGCCCUGCCGCAGCUGAUGGCUUCUCCCUGCUCAUGGCCGAGUCCCCGGACGUGCUGCACAAGGGCUGCCAUGCUGAUGUGCGCAUCAUGUUCCGCCAGCGCUUCUUCACUGACAACGUCCCCAAGCUGGUGCAAGGCUUCCACGGGGCUGGCCCCGAUGUGAAGGCCAAUUACCUGAAGGGCCUGUCCCAUGUGCUCAACCACCUCCCCAAACCUGUGCUGGUGACAGAACUGCCUUCGCUGCUUUCCCUCCUGCUUGAGGCCUUGUCCUGCUCGGAUCGUGUAGUACAGCUCUCUACACUAAGCUGCCUCCACCCAUUGCUGCUCGAAGCUCCCCAGAUCAUGAGCCUGCAUGUCGACACACUGGUCACCAAGUUCCUCAACCUCACCUCUAGCCCCACCAUGGCUGUCCGCAUUGCUGCCCUGCGCUGUGCCCAUGCCCUCACCAGUCUGCCCACAACAGUGCUGCUCCCAUACAAAGGCCGAGUUAUCCGGGCACUGGCCAAGCCUUUGGACGACAAAAAGAGGCUGGUGCGAAAGGAAGCAGUGGCAGCACGUGGAGAAUGGUUCCUGCUUGGGAGCCCAGGCAGGUGAACGCCCUGUGUCCCCUCCCUGUGUUGACCAACAACUUGCUAGCCACCAAGUCAUCCCACCAAUGCCACGGACCUUCUGGAUCCUCGGAGCCCAGGACUGCCCUGAGUGCUUAGGGCUGGAGCGUGCAGGCCAGCAGACAACACCCCUCACUGAAGUCCCUUCCCAGCACCCAUAGCAGGGAAGGAGUUGUGCUGCUUAUGGCUUGCCCACCCUCUGCUGCAGCCAGGGACAGCGAUGGACAGCCCCUGCCACAUGUGAGUGGAGAGGACAGGUCUGUGCACACGUGUAGUGUGUGACAACCCAUGUGCCAGAAGAAUAAAUAUAUCUGUUUUGAUAAUGC